AACAAUGGCGGCACUGAAGCUUCUCCUCUCUCAAGCUCGCCGCCACUGCCUCACCAAACACUCUUCCCAAUCCCUCUUUCUCACCUCUCACAGAUUUCUCUCUUCUUCUGAAUCAAACUCAAACUCUACAAAAACACCCUUCGAAUCCAUUUCAAUCCAACCCGUUUCCUACCCCGUCAAACCCAAAGACCCAUCCCCAUCCACCGAACCCUCCGAACCACAAUCCCUCCGCCAACCGCCGCCGCCGCCACCUCGGCGAGCCGAUAGCCAGGAAUCGCGGCCGACGUGGACGCGCGAAGAUGUUAGGUACGUGAAGGACGCGGGGUCGAUCACGCCGGUGUCGUAUCCGGUGCGCGUAGCGCCGCUUCCCGACGACAAGGUCCCGGCGGCGGAUGAGGAAAUGGAUAAGGAGAGGCGGAGGAUCGAGGCGGAAGAUCAGUUGAGGAUGAGGAUGGUGAAAGCCGCAGAAGAGGAGAAGAUGAAGGUCCCUUUUCCGAUGCUGAUUAAGCCCAAAAAAAAUGAGAAACCACCGCUACUUGAUUUGACCGAAGCCAUUCGCCAAGUUAAGGUCAAUGCCAAGGCAAAGUUUGAUGAAACUGUUGAAGCACAUGUACGAUUGGGUAUUGAUUCAAAGCGAACAGAACUGGCAGUUCGUGGCACUGUAAUUCUGCCUCAUGGUGCUCCCAAGGCCGUCAGUGUGGCUGUUUUUGCAGAAGGGGCUGAGGCAGAGGAAGCCAAAGCUGCAGGAGCUGAUAUAGUUGGCGGUAAAGAGCUUAUUGAGGAGAUUGCUAGUGGUAAAAAUAAGCUCAAAGUUGACAAGUGCUUCUCAACUCCUGGAAUGGCACCUCAUCUUGGGAAGAUAGCACAAUAUCUUAGAAAGCGCAGACUGAUGCCAGAUAAGAAACUAGGUACUCUUACUAGUGAUAUUGCUGGGCAGUUGAAAGAGCUAAGACAAGGCCGUGUUGAGUUUAAAAUGGAAAGUAAAUCAAUUUUGCACGUGGGAGUUGGAAAGGUAAGCUUCAAAGAAGAUGCUUUACGAGAGAAUCUUGGUGCAUUUAUGAAUGCUGUAUUGCUUGCAAAGCCCGCUGGCUUAAAGAAGACUUCCAAAUAUGCUGGGUAUGUGCUGUCUGUCCAUAUAAGCAGCACGGAUGGAUAAUAGGAUAGGUAGGAUGAAAGAAGUUGCUCAGAGGCAGUUAGACCAAUUUAGAGAAGCAAUGCAAUCAGAAAUACCAUUGAAAUUAAAAUAAUUUUGGGUUAAAAAUUGAAUUGUGGGGAUAACAUAAUGAUUAGAGCUCAUACAUGGUACAGCAAUUGAGUUUAAGAAGUAUUUCCAUUAAAACGAGUGAGGCCUGAGAAUUUAUUGUGAAAAUGUAGGGAGGUGUGAUUAACCAAUUGAACUUCAGUGUAAUUUUGUUUUAGAUUAUUAAGAAUGUUAGCUGUAUGGAAAAUAAGGGUAACAACAAAAAGCUGAAUGGUGAAAAAUAAUGAAGUAGCUACUUAUCUAUGUGAUAUCCAACUCAUGCGCUAAGUAGAGUGUACAAAUUUUUGGUACAAAAAAUUUAUUUCCCUAGCAUACAGGUUCACUUCAAUGAUUGCACUUGUUGGUGUAGGGUAGAUAAAAGGUGAGAGUAACAAGACCAUUAGUGAUUUAGAUAGGAAAAUGAAGUUGGGCGUGAAGAGAGAGCAAUGUGAAAUAAAAGAGAGUGAAUUAUAGAAAGGAAGAAGCGAAGAAAGGCGUAAUUAGCUACUGUCAUGAAUUGCAGUGAUGAUGCACUUCGUCUCAUGUAUUCUUGUGUGCAUGUUUCAAGUUAUUUAGUGCUAUCGUGACGAUGCAGAUGGGCCCAGGAUUACCUGUAUCAAUACAAUCGUUAUCCAAAGCAGCAGAUAAUUACAAGAAGAUGCAUGUGUUAUGAAUCUUUUGGAUAGGUGGCAGUUGUGGGCUUUCAACGUGAAUCCAAGUUUUG